UAACCCAAAAUUGAUUUCCGGUAUCGCCUGACACUGCCCACUAAUAUGUUUUAAAUCAAUCUCGAAUGAUGCCAGAUAUUUUGAUAUCACCAGAAAAUCCACUAGUUGAUGAUAAAUUACAGGUAGUGAUUCAUGGACUUCAAGCACAUCAGAAUACAACCAUAAAAGCCUCAACGUUUGAAGGAAAUUCAAAAUUUUCCUCUUUUGCUUGUUACACAUCAGAUAAAAAUGGAUCAAUAUCUUUGGCAAAGCACCCAUCACUGUCAGGAACUUAUACAGGUAUCAAACCAAUGGGAUUAUUCUGGAGUAUGAUACAAGAUCCUGGACAAAAACCUGGAAGACGAUAUGUAAAAAGGACAGUAACGACACCACAGGAAGUGAAAAUUACUCUAUAUAAAGGUCAUCUUACCUGGGAGAAUGUUCAUUCAAAUAAAUUUACACCCCUAGCAAACAAGGAAAUAGAGAGGUUAUUUAAAAGAAGUGAUGUAACUAGAGUGGAAAUAAAGCAUGGGAGACUAAAAGGAACACUCUUUAUCCCUCCAGGACAUGGUCCAUUUCCUGGAGUGAUAGAUAUGUUUGGUACUGUUGGAGGAAUAAUGGAGUUCAGAGCUGCCAUGCUUGCAAACAAAGGGUUUAUUACAUUUGCUUUAUGUUACAUGACUUCUUAUGAUGUUAAAGAAAUCGAGACAUCAUAUUUGCAGGAAGCAGUUACAUGGUUCUGUAGUCAUCCUGCCACUAUGAAAACAGGUAUAGGAAUGUUUGGAGUAUCUAAAGGGGGAGAACUAGCACUCUUAUUAUCUACAAUUUGUACAAAGAUCAAAGCUGUAGUAAACAUCAAUGGUCCUCCAUUUAAUUCUUCAGCUCCACUGGCUCCAUUUGAUAACUAUGUAGAGAUGAACCAUUCUGCUGCUUUAACUGUACAGCCAGAUGAGAGUCUUGUAUUUAGAACAAGGGAUGCAAUAUGUGACAAUUUAACCAGUGAAAAACUUACCCAAACAUGGAGAACAGAUGUACAGAUAUUAUAUUUGGUUGGAGAAGAUGAUCAGAGUUUACACCCAAGAUGUGCUCAAAUGUUCCAAGAAACCUAUCCACGGAGUAAACAACAUAAUCUGACAGUUGUAAGGUACCCUGGAACUGGACAUUUAAUUGAGCCACCAUACUUACCAAUAUGUCCUUCAAAUAACAAAACAUAUGUAGUUGACAGUUUUGGUGAAAAAAUACAAAAAGAAGUGAUAUUGAUGUGGGGUGGUGAGAAAGAAGCUCAUUCAAAGGCACAGGAAGACUCCUGGAAUAGAAUUAUAAUGUUCUUCCAUUCUGUCUUACUGAAAAAAAAUGUAUAUUCGUUAAAUAGUCAAUUAUGAUAAACAUAUUUAUUGAAUGUUAUUUGACCUAAAGAUUGACACACGAACAUAUCAUGGUAUCAAUAGGCAGAAACGUCAUUUGUUUUCAUUGUUAUGAUACUGCAAUUGUAUAUGGUAAUGAACACCAUAAAAACCCGGUGAAUGAAGGACUUGCUAAGAAACAUAUCAUUUAGUGAUGUCUGGUGUAUCUACUGAAUGUGAUCCACUGUAAGAUUAAAUAAUUGUAACACAAGCAAUACACAACUAUACAUAACUAGUAUGCCGCUGCAUUAAUGAGUAAGGCAUAUUGAAUCAGAUCUCUUGCCUGAUAACACAAUUAUCAACCUUUGAUUUUUUGUUAUCUACUAAUAUAGUCCCAAGUGUGGACAGUGCAUAACUUGAAAAAACUAUUUUAUUCACCUUCCCAGUUUAUUACGUCAAGUUUUAUGCAUAAAGUAGCAAGUAAGGGGAUUAAAUUAGACUCAUCUCAGCUUCAUCUCAUCUUAUCCGGGACAGGAACCAUUUAUACAAUAAACAAAAAUUUACAACUUCUUCCUCUUUGAUGGUUUGUAUUGGUGUGAUACUGUGAGGUAUGAAAAUAUAGUUUUAGAAAACAGAGAAUGUUAUGUAUGUUAUGGUUUUAUGGAAGACAAAGCACAUGUUUUAUUGAGAUGUCCUGUUUAUGAUGAUUUUAGAAGCCAUUUAAAAUAAAUAUUAAAUUUUAAUAAUUUAGAUGAUAACCAAAAACUCAGAUGUAAAUAUGAUUAGUAUGUUUGUGCAAAAACCUUUUAAUUUUAAGAAGAUGUAGGAAUUUAAUACAUUAUAAAUAGUACUUUAUUUCAUAUUGUUUAAUUUAGUGUAUUUAUGCAUUUUAAUAGUCUCUUAUAACUCUGUAUAGAAUGGCUUUCGUUUUAUAGUUUUACAAUUAAUACAUAUAUAUUGUACUUGUUGAGAGAUGAGACUUUAAUAAAACAUUGAAUUGAA